UUUCAAUAUGAGUUACUAUCAACUUAUUCGUAUUUUCGAAAUUUUCACUUGAUUAUUAAGAGUAAAUUAUGCAUAUAAAUAAGUUAGGAGAUAGUUACAAAGCGAAGGGUGUUGGUUUUCAAUAAUAAAUCGUUUACAGCCCUAAUUAGCUUAGAUUUGUUUUUCGUUAGUUACCCGAUAAAACAUGUGAUAAAAGUAACAAGCUGUCAAAUUAAAAUGAUGAUGAUCUAUCGCACUAUGAAUUAUCAUAACUUAUUAACGAUUAGUACAAUUUUAUUGCAAACCAUGGACUUUAUUGACUCGUUUUGGCCCCUUGCGUAUGAUGUAGAUUUAUAUGAAAACGAAACGUUUGAAAUAGCAGAGGACAUAGCCAGCGAUAUGAAAAGUUUAACUGGCGAUGAAGAUGAGAUGAUUCGCCAGAUUGAAAUAAAAUUAUUGGGCUUUACACAAAAUUCUAAUCAGUAUUAUUUUUUGCAUCGAUUAAUAAAAAGAAACAAUAAAAAGUUAAAAAAGUUUAAAUAUAAAAUGGAUAACACUACAGAAAAUCAACAAAUAAUUGUUAAAACAGAAGAAGUUACUGAACCGAAUUACAUCCUAGAUGAUUCUCAACCAUGGAUUGGUGGUUUUGUGGAUAAAGAAGGUCACCUAAAAUCUAAUAAAGUAAUAAUAAGUCAGCAAAAUGAUACUGAAAGAAUAAUUUCGAAAAGGGACGACUUAUUAAAAUUGGAAGAUACAAAAACUUUUGAGGAACAACCUUUUUAUGAUUAUCAAGUUCUUAAGAAUGAGUACAAGGAUGAAAUGGAAAAAGAAAAGAAAACAAAUCAAACAUUUAAUUACACAGAAAUUAAAGAAGAUGAAACAAUGAAAGAAGCAGCUAAAUCAAUGAUAGAAUUUAAAAAGCCAAAAAAUUGUACAAAUGAAGAACAAAUGGGCAUUGGCUAUGGAACUUUAGUGUGUUUUCUUCAAGAUUUAAAAGGGCCAGAAUCACGCAAAACAGUAACUUUACUUACAUAUCGAAUUACGCAAAUUUUAAUCGUUUUAUUAAUAUUAUAUAUGGUGAUUGCAUUUCCUUGUUGGUGUCAAAGAGGAUGGUGUUGUUGCUGCUUCAGAUGCAAAUUUUGUAAACCUGUUUUGCGCAUUCACAAAGCAAGACAAUUUUUAGCAAAGAAUCCUCUUGGCAUUUAUCACACAAAGGACAAUAAAAAGAUAGUUUAUAAACCAACCUACCAAGAAGAAUAUGUUUACAAACAAUUGCACAAAGCUUUAAUGAAGAUUUAAUGAAAUGAAUAAAGUUUAGAUUUCUUUUUAAUUUUAAAUUCCUAUAAUUUGUUAGACUAACACUGUUAG